AUGGAAAAUAUGAAUUAUAAUUUCGUCGCACCGACAUGUACGAAUGUUCCGGCUGAAAUUGCUCAAAAUAGUACCAUAUUAGAGGAGGGACCCAGGAUUUGUCCUCUAUGCAACGCACCGGUGAGACUGUACUAUGUGCACUACACGUCUAAACUAUUUAUGUGUGAAAACAUCGAGUGCGAGUAUCCAUUUGGUGGUGACUUUACAGUCUACUCCAGCGAUGAUGAUGAUUACUUUUUGUCAGAGUUUGACACUGCCAGUUUUAAGCGUAAGAGGGGCAGUAACGCUACACAGUCUAUAGCGCAGACAAUAAAUGGUACUUCAACUGUCGGGACUAAUUCAGAACUGUCCACCUCGGAAUGGUCCGAUAUAAAUAGAUUAAACCAAGCCUAUGAUUCAGAUGAAAGCACGACGCUAUCAAAAAUAUUCACCAGAAAAUCGAAUAAACGUAAGACAGACAAGAAAGUUAAGAAACAAGAGAAUGAAGAACAGAUUAAACAAAAUGUUGAAAAGAUAAAGGAACUGAAUAAAGUAUUGUUUGAAAACGAUGAUGAUGUAGAAAUAAUACGUAAUGAGAAAUGGAUUAAGAAUUUAUCCACAAUGCAGUCUUCCACCGGAGGUAAGUUGGUUAAGGAACAAGAACUACUGAAAUUAAAAAAGCUUGAACAAAAGCGUGUUCAAGAAUUAAAAAUUGACAUUGAAGCGUCAACAGAUUCUAUGUCUUGUAUUAAAAUUGAAAUUGGUGGUUUGGGAACAAACAGUAAAACUUAA